CGAAACUUAGCUAAGUCAGUCUCUUAUAACAUUCUCAACAAAUUUCUUGUGUCCGGCAGAGAAAACAGUUUAUAAAAGAUUGUUAUUCCGAAACCAGCUGCAUAAUAUCCAAGCAUCAAAAUGUGUCUCUACACCAUCGCAAAGUAUCUUCUGUUCGCUUUUAACUUAAUUAUAUGGCUAGCGGGCGGGGGAACGCUGGGUGUUGGUAUUUGGCUUCUUGUAGAUCCAUCAAUACAAGACUCGAUGGAUUUAGCGGGCUUAGAAAUCUACCAAGCAGGUGCCAUAGUGUUCGUGGUAGCGGGUUCGCUUAUUCUAAUAAUUGGCUUCUUUGGUUGCUGUGGAGCAAUAAAGGAAAGCACUUGUCUUUUGGGAACUUAUUUCGGUUUUCUAUUCGUCAUCUUUGGGUUACAACUUGGGAUUGGGAUAUGGGCGCUUGUCAGCUACGAUUCGAUGGAGACCGCUAUAAACGAUGCCAUGAAAGUAAAGGAGGGCGGACUGAACCAGAAUGAUGACGCAAACUACGUUGGAGUGGAACAGAAUCUGCAAUGUUGCGGAGCUACCAGAGGUUGCAAAGAUUGGGCGACAACGUCAGCAAGUUACGGUUGUGGAUGUGACCCGACCAGUUCCAACUUAAAGAACAUUUCAAACUGUGUGCUUCCCAACUCAAAAGAUUGCCCCGACGACACAUUUCCCGACACACAAACAGGCCACAUUUAUGGCCAGCCUUGUUCUGCAGCAAUUUAUGAUUUGAUCUACGACAACCUAACUAUUGUUGGAGCUAUCGGCCUUGCUGUAGCAGGAGCAGAGAUUCUGGGCAUGAUCAUUUCCAUGUGUUUGUGCUGCUCAAUCAAAAAGAAGAACGACCACGGGGUGUAAGCUGUAAAGUUUAUUAAUAACUGCAAAACGGACACAUUUUCUACCUGUUAUAUUCCAAACACCCAAAGCCAUAAUCUCUGUAUAUUUUUACAACCCAAUAAUUCAACAUGGGCUAGACUUCAGAUCAGAACGACACUCUAGAAGCUUUUAAUUUAAAACGGAAUCGCGUUUUGGCAUUUACAAGACACUUAAAGUUCAGGUUCCAAUAUAUUUAGUCGCUACCUGAGUCAAAGAACAUAGAUAUUGGCUGUAUAUCUAUUUACUUUGAGUUAAUACCUAAUACUUCCAAAAGCUCUUGUCUUACAAAUUCAUUCAUAAUCGAUGCAAUUCUGACGUCAUAUGAUAUUUUAUGACGUCAUAUUUAAUGACGCCGGCCAAAAAUUGAUUUGCCAAAGUGUUUUUAAUGUACAGUAUUCUGUAGUAUACGCUGUUAUGAUACUGGAACAGGUUGACAGCAGCUUAAUGAAUAAACCCUUGCGUUCACUUGAU